GCGAGAGAGCCAUUCAAUUCCACUUACGUGAAACACCCUAUAUCUAUAAAUAGCUCUACCCAAUUCAGUGAGCCUAUACUUACCACACUUCUUUUAUCUUACUAAUCAUUCUCUCAUAAACCCUAAUUAAACUCUCAAACUUAUUCUAAUCAAAUGGCCGAGCACAAACAACUUCCUCCGAUCGUCUUCAUCGACAUUGAAGGUACAAUCGAACAUGACAAAGAUCAAGAAGAUGACUUAGACCACUCAAAAGUGGCUCAAUGGCUAGCACCCGCUGUCUUUGCCGCCAACGAUGGGUUAGUGUCAACCGCAUCCCUCAUGUUAGGUAUGGGUGCGGUUAGUCAAGACGUCAAUGCCAUGAUUGUCACCGGGUUCCUAGGCCUAACAGCGGGGGCUUGUAGCAUGGCUAUAGCCGAAUUCAUCUCCGUAGACUCAACUCUCAAUAAUGAGACUGGUCAAAGGGAUGAUGAGCCUAGAAGGGAUCCCAUAAGGGCAGCUAUCGCGGCAGCUUUUGCUUUCGCGGUUGGGGCCCUAGUGCCUUUGACGGUUGCAUUGCUUUUGGAGGGUUAUAAUGUAACCCUAGGCGUGGUUGAAGGGCCGAUAAGCGUCGUGUUGGCCGUGUUCGGGUGGAUAGGAGCGUUUUUGGAUGGUGCUCCGGGGUUUAGAGCUGCUUUAAGGGUAUUGUUAUGGGGUUGGGUGGCUAUGGUUGUCACCUUUGGAUUAUUGAUAAACCGAAAUUGGUAACAUUGAGCUAUUCAUUAUAUGUGUACUAAAAUUAAAUAAUAAAUAUCUAUAUAUAACUAUAUAAGAUUUUAGCUGAAGUUGAAACCAAGAUUAAGAUUAUUUGAGGUAAUUUUACCUUUUUUUUUUUUGAAACAAGGGUAAUUUUACUUUGUUCAACACUAAAAUGUAAAAAAAUACUAUAGUUUUUACAUUAAAAAAAAAAAAAAUAAAUAAAUAAAAAUGGGCAUUACAAAAUUAUGUAUGAGACUUGAGUCAUACGUACGUGGAUGAUUUAUAUGUUCUUUUUACGCCUUAAUUUAUUGGAAAAAUACACUUUAAUUUAAUAAUCCCGACUAUUAGCGAUUUACUUCUAAUAAUCUCAACUAAGAUUUAUUAUCUAAUAAUCUCAACUAUGCUAUGACUUUGCGUCCAAUAUUCCCAAUGACCGGUAACCAGGGGAAGGGGUAAAUUUUAUUUUAUUUUUUUUAAAAAAUCCACGUGUCAGCACAUGAUUUGCCUAAAAUUUUAAAAAAAAAUUAUAAAAAAAAAAGAAAAAAAAAACAGAAAUCCAACCCCCAAAACCACCGGCCAUGAUCCACCCUACCACCUAAAUCAAUAUCCUAACCACAUUAACCCCUAACCUACACCGUAGCUCCACCAACAACAACACAUAGCCAGCCACCUUAUCUCCACCACCGCAACCCAUAUGCAACCCUUCACUCACCGCACCAAACCAGAUGCAACCCCUCACUCAAUCACCGCACCAACCCACGCAACCCCUCACUCACCCAGACGUAACCCCUCACUAACCCAGACGCAACCCCUCACUCAUCACCGCACCAACGACAACAACCUCCAAUUUCGCCACCAACAACCCAAAUUUCAACAGCAAACAAACACCAAUUAUUCGUUGCUCACCAACCGUAACCCCUGAUCGCUGCCUGACGCCGCAACUACAGCCGCACAAAUCUAGUCACCCAAUUGCUCCUCCCGCACCGCUUGCGACGCUCACAUAACAGCCACCAAUUGCUCCAACUAUUCAUCAACCACCAAUCCAAAGCAAUUCAAACAAUUUUCCAGAAGGGAGGGGUUGGUUUGGGGGUGGGAAUGGGCCGACUAGAGUAGUUUCGGGGGUUAGGAGGGGUCGGCUGGCCGUUUUCAGGGGUUAGGGGAGGCGGCCGGCCGUUUUCGGUGGGUUUUGCCUUGGGUUUCACAGUGAGGGGGGUGGUGGCUAUUAGGUUUUUGGUUUUUUCUAAUUUUUUUUUUAAUUUUGGACCAAUCAUGUGUUGACACGUGUGUGCUGCUAAUCACAUGAUUGGUCCAAAAUUUACGUUUAUGGAAAUAAGAAGUUUGGGGAAUCAACGUGUGAUGUGUCAACACGUGAUUGGUCCAAAAUUAAAAAAAUUAAUUUUGUAUAUAUGAAAUAUUAGAAGUAUAUCGACAA